CUUCCUCUCGCCCCUCCCACUGUUUUCCCUUCCUCUCCUUACCCUCCCUCUCUGCCCCACAUCCACCUCCCAAACUGUCCUCUUUCUCUCCUCACACCCCCCUACCCCCUUCCUUACUUCUCCGUCCCCUCCCUUCUGUUUCUCCCCCUUUCUCUCUCUCCUCACCCUAACUCACCUCCUCCCUCUCGAUCCGUAUCUCUCUUCCACAACUAUCUCCCUCCCCAUCCCCCUCACCACUUACCCCGACCACCCCGCUCCGUCCCUUCCCUCUCUCCGCCUCCCUCUCCAUCUUUCUCCCAUACCCCUCCCUUUCUCAUCCCUCCAUAUCUUCCCCCCUACUCUCCCUUCCACCUUUACAUCACUCCUCCUCUCCACCCCUCACUGACGCCCGCUCCCCGCCCUCUCUCCCACCUUCUCCUCCCUGUUCCCUUUCUCUGUCUUUUCUCUGACCUGUCACUCCUCUGUCCGUCAGUUUCGUACCGAGUCGCUCAUCUCUGGGAAAUGAAAGUGAAAGUGAAGGGCUGGGUCGGGAGAGAGAGAGAGAGAGACAGCAAUCACAGCCUUAAGUGCAUAGAACUGCAUUCGGAGCUGCAGCGGAGACAGUUCAGUUUCCUGGAUGAUGCCACGGCUAAUUAUGCUGGAUCGUACAGAACUGAUGUGAAUCUUUUGGACUGUCUUUGCCGACAGAGGUGGGAUCAGAUGCAAAACGAGUUUGAUGGUAGGAAUAUCCCUUACUGCUUGUGUCGAUUGUUUGACCAGAUGCGGACCUCGAAGACUGGUAAAGUGAGCGCGGAGAGUUUUCUUCACUGUCUUAGGUUGAACCAUGUGAAAGCGUACGCACAGAAUGAUGCAGCGGAAUUGUUUCUCACCAUCUUUAACCUCUUACUGGAUCAGUUACAAACUCCACAUAUUGUUGAGGAGAUGAAGAGACUAUUUGAGAUUAAAGUGGAGCAGUUUGUGAAAUGUCAGUGUGAUGAAGUCACUGUAAGAGACAACAAGUUUUGGAGCCUCCCUGUACCAGUGAAAGAGACCCAGGAUGGUGAAGAUUUUACGCUGGAAGAUGGCUUGGAGAUGUUUUUCUCUUCCCAGCCAGUGAGGAGAAAUAACAGAUGCUCAAAUCACGUUUGCAAGAUGAAAAGCCCAGCACUACAGGAUGGUGCUGAAGUCAUUGGAAAGGUUAGAAGACGAAAGGAAGACAGGAUGUGGGUGGGUUUCAAGCUUAUCUCAGUCCCUGAGAUCCUGAACCUGCAUCUGAAUCGAUUCCGUGCUCCAUCAAAUCGAGGAGGUUUCAUGAGGAAGAUCUACAGUUUGGUGACGUUUCCCGAAACCCUAAACCUCAACCAGUUUCCGAUCUCAGAAAGAAGCCAGAAAUAUAGAAAUCCCCAGGAAUCUUGGCAAUACCAACUUUAUGCAGUGCUGGUUCACAUUGGGUCGGCAUCGUUCGGACAUUACAUUGUAUGUGUAAAAUCCUUCAAAGACUCCAUGUGGUAUGGACUGAAUGAUAGCAACGUGUUUCGGGUGAACUGGGCUGACAUUACACAGACCUUUGGCGGCCCUCACUCCAAAUCGAGAGAGACUGCAUACAUGCUGCUGUAUAGGAGAGUGAAGACAGAGGAUACGAUACCCCCUUCUGGUGCACAAGCUGAUGGCUUGUGAAGAACACAGCCCAAAGAUGUGCAGCCUAGGUGGAUUAGCCAUGCAAAAUUGCCUGUAGUGUUCAGGGAUGUGUAGACUAGGUGUGUUAUAGGGGAAUGGGAAUGGGUCUGGGUGGGAUGCCCUGAGGGUCAGUGUGGACUUGCUGGGCUGAAGGGCCUGUUUUCACAUUGUAGGGAUUCGAUGAUCUUCGAUGAUCUCUUAUUGAAGCAGAGUCUGAUCUUUCUCAUUUCUGUAAAGACUGCUGUCAAUAACAAUUUGCAUUUAUAUAGCAUGUUUAGUCACAGGGGCAUUCUCAAACGAAGUGGCCACCAUAUCAUAAUGUGAAAAGGUAAGUACAGCAAACUUUUUAUUGACUGGCAUCUAUAGGACUGGGAGCAUACCAGUUGAUCAAAUAUUCCAGUUGAUCAAGAGGUCAACAUAAUUAAUGUAAAAACACACACUAAGUAAUAGAAACUUUUGCUGGUUUAGUGAGGAUGCCAGUUCAUAAGGCACUGGUUAAAACAAAGUUUGCUAUAUUAAGGUGUGCCUUAAUGGAAAAGAAAGGGGCUUAGCAUGAGAAUUAGGAACGAAAUUCCAGAGCAACAAUCCUGGUAUCAAUCUGAACGCAGGCUGACAAGUGAGAAUCAGGCAUGUGUUAGCACCAAUUAGAAGAGUACAGAUAUUCUGGACAAUUGGUGAUCUACGCCCAAAGUUUUUCAAAUUGAGACCAUGUUAGAUUAGGAGCCAAUAUAAUUAUGGGGCUAAUUGCAGCAAACGAGUGCAGCAGGCUUUGGCCUGGAAUUGACAAGCUGAAAGGUAACAACCCCUAAAACUGACUCAGAGAUAGUAAGAACUGCCGAUGCUGGAGUUGAGAUAAUACAGCAUGGAGCUGGAGGAACACAGCAGGCCAGGCAGCAUCAGAGAGCAGGGAAGCUGACGUUUUGGAUCGGGACCCUUCUUCAGAAAUCUUUCGAAUUAUUUCAUCCAAGAUGUUUGUGUAGUUGCAGAUAAAUUCUGUUUUGCUCAAAAAAAUAAAACCUAAUCCCCAGUUUAAAACAUAGACAGAUUCUAAGCAAGACUACACACCUAAAACGCAUUAUCUGACCGGAGAUGUCACCUCUGGUAUACGUUGAUAAAACCUUAAUUACCUCAGGACAAAGACUGGAAAGGAAUCUGGAUUUUGCAUUUCAAUCAGUAGUCUCCUUCCUUAUUGAUUAAAGAUUCAACAAGAGGUGUCCAAGUUUGGGGUUGUUAGCUUUCAGCUAAUAAAUUUUGUGUCUUAUAUCCUCUCUCACACACUACAUGUGAGGAAGGAGCUGAGCUACUAAAGCUUGCGUUUUUCAAAUCAAACUGCUCGACUAUCACCUGGUUUCAUGUGAUUUGUGAUUUUGUCCACCAUUUCUCCUAUCCCGGCAUCUCCACAUCAUGACUUUGGCCUGAGUUGAGGUUCAGCGGAUGUGGAAGUCAUAUGAUACCAGGUUAUAGUCCCACAGGUUUUUUUUUGAAAUCACAAGUUUUUGGAGCACUGCUGCUUCAUCCGGUGAAGAGGUUUAGAGGGUGGAAGGUAGGAUACAGGCCAACAUGUCAGCACUUGUGGGCGCAGUGUUGGUCGGAUGGGGGAGGGGCGGUCUGCUGCUUCUUGCUAUGUCUUUAUGUCUUUAGACUUUGUGAUUCACAAUGGGGUUGAUUGUAUUUGACCCUGGUAAUUGGUGUUUGCUGGGAAAUAGUCAGAGAUUCGUUGGUGUGGAAGUCACGGUCACACUUUGUGUAGUUACAACAUUAAUAAAAGGGAAUUGAUGGUGCAAUGUGUUUGAAACAGGAUCUAGGUUCAUUAAGGGUGAAUGUUGAUGUGUAAGAUUCCUUCAUCAAUCAAUCACUUUGGACUGACACUAACUGCCCAGGUUGGCAUCAGUUAAAGAGUACUCCGUGAAGCUGGAUAAACUCAAGAGCUCUCCAGAAAGGAAAAGAGUUCUACUGCCCGGGAUCAAUAUUUUACCAGGAGAGGGAACUUUACUCUCUAUCUAAUACUGUGCUGUUCCUGUCCUGUUCGAUGGGAACAGUGAAGAAGAAUCUUGACUUUCCAUUUAAAAGAGUCAUAAUUAUCCUGCCAUCCAGCCCCAGUCACAAUUCCUGAGUAGUCUCCAGAUUGUCUGUACUGCAAUAGAUGUGAGUUUUGUUCAAGUCUGCUGCACUGAUUUGGUAUUUGAUCAACUUUGGACAUGCUUGCACCUUCUCCGCCUCCCAAUUCCUGAUUGGAAUACGUCAUGGCUAGAACAGAAAGACAUCAUGUCAGCCGAUGAGCAGAAAGAUUCAAUGACAACAUCAGAGUGAAACUAAAGGCUGGCCACAGUCUGAAGAAGGGCCUAGGCCCGAAACGUUAGCUUUCCUGCUCCUCUGAUGCUGCUUGGCCUGCUGUGUUCAUCCAGCUCUACACCUUGUUAUCUCUUGGCCAGAGUAGUGUUGCUUUUGGAUUCGGGAAUCAGGUCAAACCUAGAUAUUGAGGAUGAUUCUGACAAUGGGGUCUUCAGGAAGGAAGAUCAGUUGAAACACAUGGAUACUGUAUUCAUCAGAUCAUCUUCCACAAAGCAGAGGAGUAGCCAGUGCUUCUGACCAGUGGAAGAGAGAGAGAAAACGGCAGCUUCAGAAAGAAAGAAAAAGUCAUAGAAUCAUAGGAUGAUACAAUGCAUAAAAGGCCCUUCAGCCCAUCAAGUCUACACCAACCCCUGAGAAACACCGGAUCAGCAACAAUUCCCAUUUCCCAGCACUUGCCUGCAGCCUCGAAUGUUCUGAUGCACCAAGUGCCCAUCAGGUAGUUUUUAAAUGAUGUGAGGUAAUUUGCCUCUACCCUCCCAGGUAGCACAUUCCAGAUUGUCACCACCCUCUGGGUUAGAACGUUUUCCCUCACCCGCCCCACCCCUCGCUUUAUCACAAUGAUCAAAUUACCCUGUAUUCCAUAUGCAUUUGCCUUUGUGAUAAGUCUCGUCUGUGGGACCUUGUCAAAGGCUUUGCUGAAAUUCAUAUAAACUACAUCAACUGCACCACUUCCAUCACCUCCUCAAAAUAUUCACUUAAAUUUGUUGGGCAUGACCUCCCUUGCGUCUCCAAGUUGAGUUAGAUGUUCUGCUUUAGAAUUCUUUCCAACAGUUUCCCUACCACUGAUGUGAGACUCACUGGUCUGUAGCUCUCUGGCUUAUCAAAAAAAGAGAACAGGGACAGUGUCUUUAUAAGGAGAGAGAGAGGGACUGCAGUUCCAUAAAGUAGAAACCCAUCUACACGAGAAGGACAACAAAGAGACGUGAUAACCUCCCAGUCACAGAGAGAGCCCCUUAAACCUGUUUCUAUCUGUCAAAGCAGUCCUGUGAUGUGACAGGAAAGCUGGAGGGUGAUUGGUCUGUGUUCUUUCAUGUCUCUUUUAAUUGGCUGAGGAUUUCAGGAGAUGUUUAUUCCAGCUGGUGAGGACAUGUAAGAAAUUCACUUCCAAAAUGUUUAACAUUGAAAUGAAUGAAUUAAAUAAAACAGAAAUGGCUUGGUGCACAGUGAGCUACCUCCCCAGGGAGCUGGUUGAUUCUGGUAUAAUUCUCCAGGACAUUCUGCAGCAAAUGUUCACUGUUCAAGGAACUCCAGCUCUGAGCUGAGGACACAUCAGGGAGGGUGAAAGGGGUCCCUAACACCUUGUUUCAGGAACCACACACAGCCCUUAGAUUAACUGAUCGCAUUUAUUCUGUGGUCAGGGAAAGGAAGGUGUGACUGAGGUAGGAUGCAAAAUUUAGCUUUGGAGGAGCCUCGGUUAGUGGCCUUUAUUCAGUAGGAGUGAGAUGUUUGCUACUGAUAUGGAUGAGGGCACAGUCUGCAGGGACAGUGAACAAACUGACCAAAGCAUCCUGGCCCAGAGUGCUACUCAAGUGAGGGGAGUAGUAGUAGUAUUCAGGAAUAGAAUAAUUGGGAAAUAGAGACUGUGCUCGGAACAAACACAGGGUCCUGAAGGCUACAUUGCCUGCUUGCUGUUAACUCAUUUCUUCUGGACUGGAGAGCAACCUGGAGUGGGAAGGUAAAUCUAUAGACUCUAUAGCGAUGGUCCACAUAGUACCAAUGACAUUGUUAGGACUAGGAAUGAAAUUCUGUUGAGGGAUUGCAAGUAACUCAGAGCAAAAUUCAAAAGUAGAACCUCAAAGACAAUAAUCUUAGGUUUACUACCUGAGGCAUAUGUAACUUGGUGCAGAGUAAGUAUGAUGAAAGAGAUAAAUAUAUGGUUCAAAGAUUGCUGUGGGAGAAAUGGGUUGCGAUUCAUGGGGCAUUGGCUCCAGUACUGGGAAAAGGGAGAGCUGUUCCAGUGGAUGGGCCUGAUUUAACCCAUCCUAUGACUAGAAUCCUGGCAAAUUGGUUAGUUCGCGUUGUAAAUGGGGAACCUGAUAUUGAAAGAUAUGUGACAUUCUGUAAGAACUAAACUAAUUAAUGGGGGAGAGUACAAUUGAAGAGAAGUUUAAAAAAAGAAAUGAGUAGAGGUGCAGGUUUGUGAGGAAGCAAGCAACAAUCACUAACAGGAAGGGUUAAAAAAUAUAAACAUGAGUGCAGCAGAAAUUAGAACAGAGAGAGUAAUGAUGGUUAAAAAGUCAAAGCUUGAGGCUGCUUAUCGAACCACAUGCCACAUUUGUUAUAAAAUGGAUGAGUUGACAUUACAAAUAGAAAUAAAUUCUAUAAUAGUUGCUAGAGAUGAGUUUGUGGAGUGACCAACACUGUGAAUUCAAUAUUAGAGGGCAUUUGAUGUUCUCGAAAAAUAGGCUAAAAGGAAAAGGAAAAAGAGGCAGGGAAUGUUUUUAUUAAAUGAAGGUAUGAGUGCGGUGGUGACCAGUGAUAUAGAUGCAAUAGAUCGUGAUAUGGAAUCAGGUUAGGUGAAAAUAGGAAAGAGCAAGGGGAAGAAGAGGGGGUCCCAAAGUUUUGCCUCACUGUUGGACAAAGUAUAAAUCAGAGAAUAAUAAGAUGUGGAAGAAGAACAUUCUCAUGGGUAAUUUCUAUCUUCGUAUUGACAGGAACUGACAGAUCGGUAAGAGUGACAUGGAAGACAAAUUUAUACAGUGCAUCAGCGAAGGUCCUGGGGAAUCUUGUCACACAAAGAGACCUUGGAUUGCAGGCUCAUUGUUCCUUGAAAGUGGAGUAGCAGGCAGACAGGGUAGUGAAGAAGGCGUUGGGUAUGCUUGCCUUUAUUGGUCAGUGCAUUGAGUAUAGGAGUUGGGAGGUCAUGUUGAAACUGUACAGGACAUUGAUGAGGCCGCUUUUGGAAUACUGCUUUCAGUUCUGGUCCCCCUGCCAUAGGAAGGAUGUUGUGAAACUUGAAAAACAUUCAGAAAAGAUUUACAAGGAUGUUGCCAGGUUUGGAGGGUUUAGCUAUAGGGAGAGGCUGAAUAGGCUGAGGCUAUUUUCCUUGGAACAUCAGACGCUGAGGAGUGACCUUAAUAAGGUUUAUAAAAUCAUGAAGGGCAUGGAUAGGGUGAACAGUCAAGGUCUUUUCCCUUGGCUAGGGGAGUCCAAAACUAGAGGGGAUAGGCUUAAGGUGAGAGGGGAAAGAUUUGAAAGGGAUCUAAGGGGCAACAUUUUCAUGUAGAGGGUGGUGCGUUUGUGGAAUGAGCUGCCAGACAAAGUGAUGGAGGCUGGUACAAUACAACGUUUUAAAGGCAUCUGGAUGUGCAUACAAAUAGGAAGGCUUUAGAGGGAUUUCUGCCAAAUGCUGGCAAAUAGCACUAGAUAAAUUUAGGAUAUCUGGUUGGCAUGAACAAGUUGGACCGAAGGGUCUGUUUCCGUGCAGUACUGCUCUAUGUCUCUGAUUGUUUCUUCAAGUAGCACAUUGCAGAAACUACCCAGGAAUAGGCUAUUUUGGAUCUUGCAAUGUGCAAUGAGGUAGGAUUAAUAAAUGAUCUCAUAGUUAAUAAUCCUCGAGGCACAGCAACCUCAACAUGGUAGAAGUUAAAAUUCAGUUUCAGGGAGAGUGACAUGGUCUUAAACCAGGGAUGUAAAAUUAAAUAAGAACAAUUAUGGAGGUAUAAAGAAAGCAUUAUCUAAAGUGGGCUGAGAAAAUAGACUAAGGGGAAGGUCAGUGGCAGAUAUUUAAGCAUGUCUUUCAUAAUUAUCUGCAAAAAUUUAUUCCAGUCAAAAAGGGCUCAAUGGGAAGGAUAAACCUCCUGUGGUUAUCAAAGGCAGUCAAUGAGAAUAACCAAGUUAAAUAUAGGAGUGUAACUAUUGGUAAGCCUGAGGAUUGGGAAUUGUUUUUGGAAUCAAAAGAUAAUGACUAAAAAGCUAUUAAAGAGGAAGAAAAUGGACUAUUAAAAUAAAUUAUGAAGAAAUAUACAAACUUCAUGAGCUUCUGUAAGUAUUUGAAAAGAAAGAAGUUGCUAAAGUAGGCAUAGGAACUUUGGAGGAUGCAACUUGAUAUUUGAUAAAAGUGAGCAAGGAAAUGGCAGAUAUUUGGCAUCAGUUUUCAUGGUGGAGGACACUAUAAACUUCACAAAGGUAACAGAUAAGCAAGGUGCUAAUGGGAAGCAAGAUCUCAUAAUGUCCGUAAUGUGAGGGAUGAAAUAUGUGACAAAUUCAUGGGACUAAUACAUCCAAGGGUUUUAAAGGAUGUGGCUGCAGGGAUAGUGGAGGCAUUGGCCAAAAUAUUCCAGAGGUUUCCAGCAGAUUGGAAAUCGGUCAAUGUGACAGCCCUGUUCAAGGUGGAGGGAGAUAGGACAAUGACCCAGUUGUUUGAGAACAAUAACCCAGUUAACUUAACACCUGUUGUGAAAAUGCAACAGUUCUUUGUUAUAAUAGCAGGACAUUGAGAAAGGUCUGACACAAUCAAACAGCCAACAUGGUUUUGUGACAGGGAAAUCAUAUUUGACAGAUUUUGCAGGAGCAUUUUGUGAAUACAGCAGUGUUGAUAAAGGGAAACCAGUAGAUAUAAUGUAUUUGGAUUUUUGGAAGGCAACACAUAAAAGAUGACUGCACAAGAUAAGAGCUCCUGGGAUUCUGAAAGAAAUGUAUUGGUAUCAAUAGAGAAUUGGUUAACACACGGAAGAUGAGAAAGUUAGGACUGAUGGGUCUUUUUCAGGCUGGAAAGACAUAGUGGAAUACUGCAUUUGCACAAAUGGCCGGAAGUGUCAACACAAGCAGUGGAUCCCAAAAGGGCAGUGAGGUGCCACCCUCCAAUGAGACAACUAAGGAAAGGGACAUCCAGAAGGAAGACAAGACUUUGAGAACAAAGAAAAUUACAGCACAGGAACAGGCCCUUCGCCCCUGCAAGCCUGCGCCAAUCCAGAUCCUCUAACUAAACCUGACACCUAUUUUCCAAGGAUCUGUAUCCCUCUGCUCCCUGCCCAUUCAUGUAUCUGUCCAGAUACAUCUUAAAUGACACUAUUGUGCCUGUCUCUACCACCUCUGCUGGCAACGCGUUCCAGGCUCCCAUCACCCUCUGCAUAAAGAAUUUUUCACACGUCCCACUUAAAUGUUUCUGCCCUCACCUUAAAAUCAUGACCCCGAGUAAUUGAAUCCCCCAGCCUGGGAAAAAGCCUCUUGUUAUGCACCCUGUCUAUACCUCGCAUGAUUUUGUAGAUCUCAAUCAGGUCCCCCCUUAAUCUCCAUCUUUCUAAUGUAAAUAAUCCUAAUCUACUCCAUACCAUUUCUCCACCCAGUACAGCUCUACUGUUGAAGUGGUUUGUGCCUAGGAGGUGUCAAUGGUCAUGAACCACUUCAACUCCCCCUCCCACUCACUGGACAACGUCCAUCCUGGGCCUCCUUCAGUGUCACAAUGAUGCCACUGGAGGAGCAGCACCUCAUAUUCCACCUUGGGAGCCUACAACCCAAUGGUCUCAAUGUGGACUUUACUAGUUUCAAAAUCUCCCCAGCCCCAGCCUCAUCCCAUGACCAACCCUGCCUCCUUGACCUGACACAAUCUGUCUGUCUUCUCUCCCACCUAUCUGCUCCUCCCACCUCACUGAGCAAUCCCCACCACUGCCUACCUGCACUCACCUAUCACCAUCCCAUCUACCUUCCCCAGCCCCACCCUUCCUCUCUAUUUAUUUAUGAGCUCCCUUCCCCCUCCCCCAUUUCUGAAGAAGGGUCCUGACCCGAAACUUCAGGUUUCCUGCUCCUCUGAUGCUCCCCGGCCUGCUGUGUUCCUCCAGCUCCACAGUGUUAUUUCAUAACUAACAUGCAUUAUCUGCAUAAAAUGUCACCUUUUCUUUACACUGAUUGGACCCUUAGUUCUCACAGUAUGGCAACUUGAAAGAAAUUCUGAGAUUUACAUAUAUAUAUUAAUCAAUUAAAACCUUCUAAUUGAUUAAAGAUUUAACAGCAUCUUAGCUUUGUUUAGUACAUCCUCAUCUGUGGUGUGAAUCUUUGAUCUUUCACUCAUAAAUCUAUGUCUAAUACUACCUCCCUCACUAA